AUGGCGGCGCGGUGCUCCACACGCUGGUUGCUGGUGGCUGUGGGAACCCCGCGGCCGCCGGCUGCAGCGGGGACGGGGGCCCGGCCGCCCAGGGCGGGCGUAGUGGGGGCGUCGCUGGGCCGCAAGCUGAGCGUUGCUGCUUUCGCUCCUUCCCUGGGAACUCGCGGCCAAGGGGCGCUGCUGACAUUGAGACCCGGUGUCAGCCUCACAGGAGUAAAAAGUUACCCUUUUGUUUGUACUGCCUCUUUCCACACGAGUACCCCUCUGGCCAAAGAGGAUUAUUACCAGAUAUUAGGAGUGCCCCGAAAUGCCAGCCAGAAAGAGAUCAAGAAAGCCUAUUACCAGCUUGCCAAGAAAUAUCACCCAGACACAAAUAAGGAUGAUCCCAAAGCCAAGGAGAAGUUUUCCCAGCUGGCAGAAGCCUAUGAGGUGCUGAGUGAUGAAGUGAAGAGGAAGCAGUAUGACGCCUACGGCUCCACUGGCUUUGACCCCGGGGCUGGCGGCUCUGGGCAGAGCUACUGGAAAGGAGGCCCCACUGUGGACCCAGAGGAGCUCUUCAGGAAGAUCUUCGGGGAAUUCUCAUCAUCUUCCUUUGGAGAUUUCCAGAGUGUGUUCAGUCAGCCUCAGGAGUUUAUCAUGGAUUUGACCUUCAAUCAAGCUGCCAAGGGUGUCAACAAGGAGAUCACUGUGAACAUCACGGAUACCUGUGAGCGGUGCAAUGGCAAGGGGAAUGAGCCUGGCACCAAGGUGCAGCAUUGCCACUACUGCGGUGGCUCCGGCAUGGAAACCAUAAAUACAGGCCCUUUUGUGAUGCGCUCCACGUGUCGGAGAUGCGGUGGCCGAGGCACCAUCAUCACAACUCCGUGUGUUAUAUGCAGAGGAGCAGGAGAGGCCAAGCAGAAGAAGAAAGUGGUUAUCCCUGUGCCUGCAGGAGUUGAGGAUGGCCAGACUGUGAGGAUGCCUGUAGGAAAAAGAGAAAUUUUCAUCACGUUCAGGGUGGAGAAAAGCCCCGUGUUCCGGAGGGACGGCGCAGACAUCCACUCUGACCUCUUUAUUUCCAUAGCUCAGGCUCUUCUUGGGGGCACAGCCAGAGCCCAGGGCCUGUACGAGACAAUCAAUGUGACGAUCCCCCCUGGUGUCCAGACAGACCAGAAGAUUCGGAUGAGUGGGAAAGGCAUCCCUCGGAUUAACAGUUAUGGCUACGGAGAUCACUACAUUCACAUCAAGAUACGAGUUCCAAAGAGACUGACAAGCCGGCAACACAAUCUGAUCCUGAGCUAUGCUGAGGAUGAGACUGAUGUGGAGGGGACAGUGAAUGGCAUUACCAACACAAGCACCGGUGGCAGCACCAUGGAUAGCUCCGCAGGAGGCAAGGCUAGGCCUGAGGCUGGGGACAAGGAGGGAUUCCUUUCCAAACUUAAGAAAAUGUUUACCUCCUGA